CUUUCUUCGGUUCAGCCCAUAUUAAAUUCCCAAACGAUCACAGAAUGCUCCAUGGUUACUCUCUCCACCACUCGGCGUCUCUCGGUUUCAUUGCAAUGAAGACAGCCAUGGGUCCUCCUCCUACCGGAAACCAAAACCUUCCCGCCGCGGCUGCGGCGUCCAGAUCUACCGCUGAUCCUCAACUCGAAUCCUCAGAAGAGACCUCAACGUCUACACCUUCAAUGAAAUCGCCCAUGGAUCCUCCACCUCCCAAAGCCCCCAACCCUCCAAACCCUGACCCAGUUCAGCCUCAAACAGAAUCCCAACCCAAUUCAAACCACACUAAUCUUCCAGAAAGUCCCACUGAGCUUAAAACAUCCCCUUCCGAAGCUACUGGUACUGGAGAAGCUCUUCAGGACCACGCUCAAAGUGUUUCUGUCCCUUAUACCAUUCCUCCUUGGAGCGAACCGCCCUGUCAUAAAUUUUACCUCGAAGUUCUCAAGGACGGGUCUAUCAUCGAUCAAUUGAAUAUAUAUGAGAAGGGCGUUUACAUGUUUGGACGAGUAGACUCGUGCGAUUUUUUCCUUGAGCACCCAAGCAUUUCUCGGUUUCAUGCUGUUGUCCAAUUUAAGAGAAAUGGAGAAGCUUACAUUUAUGACCUUGGUAGUACACAUGGUACCUUGGUCAAUAAGAGUCAGGUGAAGAAAAAGGUUUAUGAGGAGUUGCAUGUAGGUGAUGUCAUUCGAUUUGGCCAUUCAUCUCGAUUGUACAUAUUCCAAGGACCGCCAGAUUUGAUGCCACCAGAAGCUGACUUGGAAAGAAUUAGACAUGCCAAAGGCCUACAAGAGAUGAAAGAUCGUGAAGCUUCUCUCCUACGAGCAAAACUGGAAGGAACACUCGCUGAUGGUAUCUCAUGGGGAAUGGGAGAGGACGCAAUUGAAGAAGCUGAGGAUGAUGUUGAUGAAGUGACUUGGCAGACAUACAAAGGACAGCUCACAGAGAAGCAGGGAAAAACCCGUGAUAAAGUCAUAAAAAGAUAUGAGAAGAUUGGUAAUAUGAAGAAAGAAAUAGAUGCUAUUCGUUCCAAGGACAUUGCUCAAGGUGGGUUGACACAAGGGCAACAAACUCAGAUUGCUCGAAAUGAACAAAGAAUAUCACAGAUUAUGGAGGAACUUGAGAAUUUGGAAGAAACCUUGAAUGAAAGUAUUGAAGAAAGCAUAGGUGCACGUGCUGGGAAGAUUUCUCGUGGUAAGAAGAAAGUAGCAGCAGAAGAUGAUGAUGAAUAUUUUAGUGAUGAUGAUGAGUUCUAUGAUCGGACAAAGAAAAAGCAUUCCAUUCAAAGAGCUGGUGAAAGCCAGUCAGUUGAAACGGCUGACACUCUUCUUGAUAAGAAAGAUGCACUCAUUAAAGAAAUUGUAGACAAGAAAGGAUUGCUUUUUACAGAGAAGAACAGAAUGGAAUCAAAAACUGAGGUUGAAGCUGAAGCUGGAGAUGAACUUGAUGCUUACAUGUCUGGGCUUUCAUCUCAGCUAGUGCUUGAUAAAACCGUACAGCUUCAGAAGGAAUUAUCCUCUCUUCAGUCUGAGCUGGACAGGAUAGCGUACUUGCUGAAGAUUGCUGACCCAACUGGAGACGCUGCUAAGAAAAGGUAUUCGAAAAAACUUGAACAAAAACUUAAGAAAUCAGAAACCGUUGCUUCGAGGGAUUUGAAAGUAAAAAAUUUGAGGUAUGAGAACUCUGAGAUCCCCUCUCCUCCCAUGGAGCAGAAGAAAAUUCCUGCAUCAGAGGAAUCAGUCAAUGGCUUCUCCCAAAAACAGGAAACUUCAGAUGCCACUCCAGAAUCUGAGGAGAAGCCAGAGGCUGAGAAGUUUGUCAAUGAUGCAACAGAAUGCAAAUCUACAGUAUAUACUGUUGUGAAGCCCCAGUGGCUUGGGGCUAUAGAGGACACACAAAUAGGAGAGAGCCACCAACAAGAAGCACCAUUGCAGCUACAAGAGUCUGAUCAGUUUGUUGACUACAAGGACAGGAAGAAUAUUUUGGGUGAUGUAAAUAAAGCACUAGUGAAAGCAGAUUCAGAAAUUGAAAAUGCAGCCCCUGGUCUAAUAAUAAGGAAGCGGAAGCAGCUUGAGGAAGCUGAAGACACUGAUAAUGAAGGUCCCAAACAGGCUACAUCUUCAUCUUUGGGAGCACAAGCCAUGGCAGAAGAUGCUGUGGCACUUUUGCUGAAACAUAAAAGAGGGUAUUGUGCAUCAGAUGAUGGUGGCCAUGAUAAUAUAUAUAUGGCAAGGGGGAAUAGUAAAUCUGGGAAUGAUGAUAAAAAGCACAAACGGGUCCUUGGCCCCGAGAGACCUUCAUUUCUUGGUGGCAAUUCAGAUUAUGAAUCGUGGAUGCCUCCUGAAGGGCAAACAGGUGAUGGUAAGACAUCGUUGAAUGAGCGAUUUGGCUACUGAGUUCAGACGUUCUAGUUGCUAAUGUGACAUGGGUUGCAGAACCUUGUGAUGAAGUGACACUAACAAAUUUAUGUGAAUGUGGGGCAUUAUUGCCAUAGUUGGGCACCACAGGAUCCAAUGUUGGGCAGCUGGCUUUUGAAACUCCUGGGCUGUCUCUGCGGAUGUCUUAGUAGAUUGCCCGAAAAGACAAGAAAAAAGAAAAAAGAAGGGGGUGAAGAAGCUCCUCACUGCUGCCUGUGUAAUUUGCAAGCCAUGUAUAUUUUCUGCUAGUGUUCGCACUUCUAGUACCGAGUGCUUUGAUACUCUUAUUGUAAAAUGUACCUUGCCUUGUUCUUUUAUAUACAUAUUUCAAGUAUUGCAAUAAUAGAGAUAUAAAACUCAUUUUAUUCCCA